CUCUGCAGGGCGAUCGGUGGAGGCCCCGCCGGCCCGCGCAGCUCACCUCCCCGGGAACCGCUCGCGCGGGCCCCCUGCAGCCGGAAGGUUGCAGCCGCCGGAGCCCCGGAGGCCCAGGACGCACGAAUCCACAGGUCUUUCUUGAAGAAAUCUGUAGUCAGAACUUUGCAGUUUUAUCUAGGGAAGGAACAGGAAGAGUGUGGUCUCCUAGAAAUCUAGCACUGGAGAAAUGAGGAAAUUCACCCAAGGAUGGUCUCCCACUCAGAGCUGAGGAAGCUUUUCUGCUCAGCAGAUGCCGUGUGUUUCGAUGUGGACAGCACGGUGAUCAGAGAGGAAGGAAUCGACGAGCUAGCCAAGAUCUGUGGUGUGGAGGACAAGGUGUCGGAAAUGACACGGAGAGCCAUGGGUGGGGCAGUGCCUUUCAAAGAUGCUCUCACGGAGCGCUUAGCCCUAAUCCAGCCCUCCAGGGAGCAGGUGCAGAGACUCAUAGCAGAGCAACCCCCACACCUGACCCCCGGCAUAAGGGAGCUGGUAAGUCGCCUACAGGAGCGAAAUGUCCAGGUUUUCCUCAUAUCUGGCGGCUUUAGGAGUAUUGUAGAGCAUGUUGCUUCAAAGCUCAACAUCCCAGCAACCAACGUGUUUGCCAACAGGCUGAAAUUCUACUUCAACGGUGAAUAUGCGGGUUUUGAUGAGACGCAGCCAACAGCCGAAUCUGGUGGAAAAGGAAAAGUGAUUAAACUUUUAAAGGAAAAGUUUCAUUUUAAGAAAAUCAUCAUGGUUGGUGAUGGAGCCACAGACAUGGAAGCCUGUCCUCCUGCUGAUGCCUUCAUUGGGUUUGGAGGAAAUGUGAUCAGGCAGCACGUCAAGGAGAACGCCGAGUGGUACAUCACUGAUUUCGCGGAGCUGCUGGGAGAGCUGGAGGAAUGACUUCCGCUGGUGUGCAGCUCCGAACAGCUUCAGACGGGUUUCCAAACGCCGUGCACAUUGAUGCUGUUUGCUUACAGCUGCCCACUACGACUUGAUACAGAAGGUUGCUAUGAUGAUCUGUACUUAUUUUUUUUAUUUUUUUUUUUUGAGACAGAGUCUUACUCUGUCGCCAGGCUGGAGUGCAAUGGCCGAUCUCGGCUCACUGCAACCUCCACCUGGGUUCAAGCGAUUCUUCCGCCUCAGUCUCUCGAGUAGCUGGGACCACAGGCAUGCGCCACCACGCCUGGCUAAUUUUUUGUAUUUUUAGUAGAGACGGGGUUUCACCAUGUUGACCAGGAUGGUCUCGAUCUCUUGACCUCGUGAUCCACCCACCUCGGCCUCCCAAAGUGCUGGGAUUACAGGCCUGAGCCACCACGCCGGGCCUAAUCUGUAGUUUCAAGUAAACUACAGUUAGGACUCCUAGAAGGCUGCUGUUUUUUUUUGUAACUGUAGUUCCAGUAUUACAUGAUGAUUAUUACUUUCCUGGAGAGUUUUGUAAUCUGAAUUGUUUGUGUUCCUGGCUAUAUCUCAUACAAAGUGUUUUAAAGGUGGAGAGUCCAUUAAACAUCUUUACUCUGAGAAAUACGGAUUCAGCAGCCUCAGGUGAAUGUCGGUUUUCCCUUUGGUGUAUCAAUAAAAGUUUAUUCACGUGUCAGAA